UUAAUUAUGUUGUCAGCCUCCUUCAUGAGAUUAACAACAUUCCACAGGACAUAAAACUGUCAUGAAUUUGUGACUGGUCGAAGGUAGUUUGGAUUUCAGUACUUCUCUAAUUACCGAUGCGUUAGAGGGAAAACGAUCGCGGAAUACAAUAUUCAUGGCUGGUAGUCAUUGAGCAUAACAUUCACCAUACAGCAAUACAUAAUAGAUCUCAAGAUGGAUGGAAAGCCAGACAGAGGAAGGCUGUCAUUAAAUUUUAUGCAGCCAUCACCAACCAAACCAAAAGUUCCAUCUCCUUCAUUUUCAGAGACAAACAAAAGCUUUAGUCUACACCUUCUACAGUCCAGAAAGACAACUGGCACUCUAAAUAUAAAGGGACAGACAUACACUUAUUCCGCUGAAGAUUUGAUUGAUCAUGGGGAAAUUGGAAGAGGCAGCUUUGGUAGUGUCAGCAAAAUGCUUCAUAGUGAAAGCGGACUAGAAAUGGCAGUCAAACGAAUAAGGUCGACUGUUGAUGAAAGAGAGCAAAAACACCUUCUCAAGGAACUUGAUAUUGUAAUGAACAGUGGAGAUUGCCCGUAUAUCGUCAUGUUUUACGGUGCUCUCUUUAAGGAGGGCGAUUGCUGGAUAUGCAUGGAGCUGAUGUCCACUUCUUUAGAAAAGCUGUACAAAACAGUGCAUCAUCGUCUCAAGGAGACAAUUCCCGAGGAUAUAAUUGGCCGCAUCGGUCUCUGUGUUGUAAAAGCCCUUGAUUAUCUGAAGAGAAAAUUGAAAAUUAUCCAUCGAGAUGUAAAACCGUCAAAUAUGCUCGUCGAUAGUACCGGUUUAAUUAAAUUAUGUGAUUUUGGUAUUAGCGGACACUUGGUUGAUUCAAUAGCCCGGACUCGGGAUGCUGGCUGCCAACCCUACAUGGCGCCUGAACGAAUCGAUCCAUUUACAGCCAAACUUGGCUAUGACAUAAGGUCUGAUGUUUGGAGUCUAGGCAUAUCCUUGAUUGAAAUAGCGACUGGAAAAUUUCCCUUUCCAAAUUGGAAUAGUAUAUUUGAUCAACUAUCCGAAGUUGUCAAUGGUAUAGCGCCACAAUUAGUCAACAGUGGAUCAUUGAAUUUCUCUGACAAUUGUCUGCAUUUUGUCAACAGUUGUCUCACCAAAGAUGUAAAAGAUAGGCCAAAAUAUCAAGAAUUGCUGCUGCAUCCAUUUUUGAAAGAAAACGAUUCGAAGAAUAUCGAUGUGACUGGCUGGCUUAAUAGAGUUAAACUUUCUGAAGCAGAGCUGCCUGAUGCUACUUGAAGUUAUUUUAAAAACGGAUUUUUUUUCUGGUGUCAAUUUGAUUCGCAGUAAUUUUUAAUACUAGUGAGUAUUUUGUAAUCUAUUAUUUCAGAUGAAUACAAACUCUCUCUUUAAUGACGUAAAUGAAUUAUUUGAUGCUUAAGUUCAAACUUACCUAUAUAAAAAACUUUGUGCGUUAUUUUGAUAAGCCUUUGAAAUGAUUUUGCUUUGGGCCUAUCGCGGCUUAUGGAUGCCUGAAGAAUGAUCUUGUACGCUAUACAUUGUUUUUCUUUUUAUGUUUGUAAAUAUUAUGUCUACUAUUCUUGAACGAAUCGUGCAAUUUCCAUCAUAUGAAUAUAUCUUUGAUAAAAAUUGAGUUUAGACAUCCAUAGCUGUCAUAAUUCUUUUGACCAAAACAGAGGAUCUGCAUACUGCUUCGUAUUAAUGGUUGCUUAGGGCGGAAAAGGUCCUCUAUCGCUACAAGUAUUUCUAGAAUUAAAAAAAUAUCGACGUUAUUCGAGAAAGUUUCGUAAUAAGCACUGAACGUGUUUUUUUGGAAGCAAUCGGAAUCUUAACUAGAUUUGAAAUUUUUUCACUACCUCUUGCAGGAAUACUUUGCGGCAUCAUACCCCAUCAAAGCUUUUUACCUUCAUCUUUCUACUUCGUUGUCCCUUUUGUGUCUUCGAGUUUCCUCUCCUCAUAUUCGUUUCAAAAUAAAACUGUGCUGCAAGGCAUGGUUUUGCCCUCUACCUGCAUUUUCGCCUCAUAACAAAAGCCUUUUUUCACAUUAUGUUUUACCUUAUUUUUAACAAAAAGGUUUUGCCAUUAUGAGCAGACUGUAUUACGAACGUGACACUGAUAUUGUUCCUUUUAGAUAUUCCCCUUUUCUUUGAUUCAUUAUGAUGUCUUGAUUCCCCUUUUUUAACUUUCAGAAAUCAUCGUCUAGGUAUAGGAUAUUUGAAAAUGGCUUUGAAAAAAAAAUAUUUAACUGCAUGUUGUUGUUCUUAUAAGAUAUUCUUUACCUUUAAUGCAAGAAGCUGCAACAAAUCCAUCUGCCUAAAUAGAAAGGGCCGCUGCGCAUUUCAGUUCCUAUCAUGCCAACCCUUUACGCAGUCAACGUACAAAAUUUUGAUUAUCAUCUGUUUAGAUUUUUUCUAUUUUAUCUAGAGCAGUCAUUGUAACAUUUUCUUAGUGUACUAUUAGUCUUAAUGUCAUUAUGAGUGUUUGAGUGAAUAUAA